AUGGCAGAUCCGGCCGCGAAGAAGGCCCUCCGGCCCGGCAAGCCCGUCUUCAAGCUUGACCUCCCGUACACCCAGCCUCAGUGGCCCCAGCUUGCGACCGCCGACCAUGACAUCAUGCUCGAAAUGCUGGUCAAUCUCCUCGCGCCCAUUGGCCAACACCGCUCCGCCCACGUUACGCCUUCAAAGGGUAAGCGCAGCAAGAAACGCAAGCGCCACGGGGCUCCGAGCGAAGCCGCAGCAUCAGCACCGCCUCCUCCACCUGACCUUACACGUCACAUUACCGUCGGCAUCAACAGCACCACGCGCCACCUCGAGCAACUGGCUCAGGCUGCGGAAGAUGCUCCAGCGCAAGGAAAUGCUAUACCGGCCCCCUUCAUCUAUCACGACUGCACAUCUGCCGCUUCUCACGCAGACGGCCUCACGCGGCCUCUCUUCUUCCGAAACUGCACUUCUCGUCCCACUCAAACCGGCCUCGGAGCCUAA